CCAAACUUGCAUGUGAAGUGUCGGUAUGGGCAGUACUUAAAAGACGGGGUAGCUCUUGAGACACGAAGAGUUUCUCCUUGGCAGAUCUUGCAGUUCAAUUGACCAAUCGAUUACUCGUUGCAUCAAGCUCUCAGACAAUAUGCGUCUCAGCCUUCUCCCCUUGAUUGCCCUCGCUGGCUCUGCCUUCGCAUCUGGAGAUUCUAUCUCGACGGCCAUUGAUAACAUCUCCAAUGCCACGCUUGCUCUCAACAAGACUGUGGCGACGUGGCCUCAGACCCUUCUCGGUGCUCUGCCAAUUACUACAAAGUCAACACUGCUCCUCACCGAGAUCCACAAGGGCUUUGUGAUCGCUCGCGAGUCUGAGCCUCUAUCUCUUGAGGAAACCCUCCAAGUCGCAAAGGCUACAUCUGAGCUCAGCGCCGACGUCGAGCUCACCAUCAACACCAUCAUUGCCGCCAAACCCAACUUUGACAGACUACAAGUCAGCCCUGUCAUCCUCCUCAACCUGAACCUACAGCGCGCCCUCAGCCAGGACUUUUCGGAAGCAGUCAUAUCCAAGGUCCCCAAAGACCUCCAAGGAAACGCAAAAGCACUGGUACAAGGCAUCGACGACAGUUUUGCAAGGGCUAUAAGCAAGUACAGCAAACUACGAGGUUAAUUGGGAAAUGAGGGACGAGUAAUGAAAUGAGUGAUAGACGCGCGACGACAUAAUUACCUUUCUUGGGAGGCCAUUUUAGCAGAGAUUUUAAUUUUACCAUGAGUUGUCGAGUAAUACCAACCUAGAACGAGAGCAAUUGAUCUGUCAGAUUUGAGGGAAUUUGUUUAUACCGGUUGAGGAAGUUGAAUAUGUCAAUGCCGAGGCAGAUGUUUGACACGUGAGGAUGUUGGUGAGGAGAAGCCGGUUCGACGUCGACUAGGACCAGGAACCGCUCGGGGACUAACCUAUCAGAGCUAGAGAUUUGCAGUGAUACUACCCAACGAAGAAGACACAAAACGGUCAACUCAUGUUAUGCAAUUUGAAUUGUGAAAUUGAGUAUUAUGAAAGAAUUGUUCGUCUUUGUUAUCCCUGUAAGCUCUAUGUAGGAGUGCGGCGAUCUCGGUCUUGCCGUGAGGUGGAUUAAUCGGGUAGAAUUGUCUAAUUGAUACUCGCGAUCCAAUCGGAUUCACCGGAGCUCAUACUUAUUCAGUCAAGCCCAGAUGAAUCUUUCAAUCUCACUGUCCUGUGUUUCCAUGUCAUUUCCGUCGUCCGACUUCUCAUUGCUCUCACGACGUCUCCACUUCUUGCCCAUGACCUCUUUGAACUCCUCAACAUCUGACUGCCCAUUCGUGACCUUCUUAGUGAACGGACGAACAACUUUGACAUCUUUGAGAGGUCGAAGAGUGGCCUCAACAUCUGGGGCAACAAAGAGAACGGCGCUGAGUCUUCGAACACCAGGCGUUCUCCUAACUCGAUGACGGGUUGCUCGGAUGUUGCCUUCACUAAGGAUCACAGCGCACCAACCGGCAAGGACAACCGUUGCAUCGCCGGGAACAGGAACCCAAAGGCCAGGCUGCUCGGCGUGUUCAAUUUCGAGCCCUGACGUUCCGUCUUGGAAGAUGAUGGUGAAGGUUCCAUGGUCUGUAUGGGCGCCGCAUCCGUUAUCACUCGUCGGGUCGGCAGUAUCCGUGUUGUAGUCGCAUAGACGGUAGUUGAGAUUGCCAGUCUUGUGGACUUGACUGAGAUCAGCGCCGAUGAGCUCAUGCAUAAUGGACAUGAUUUGGGCGACAUAGGUGCUGUUGACGUCUUGAAAGAAGUCCAGGACCUCGUUGAAUCCAUCACCGGCCAGUUUCUCGCGCACGGCCUCCGUGAUACGACCAUUACGGGCAGGCGAAAGAUCAAUGGUGAACUUCUGGUCGGAUGUAGCAUUGUUCAUCGCAGCUGUCUUGAAGAUGCCCCGCUUGGGAUACGCAGCAUUGAGAGAUGAGGCAUUCUCAGCAUUGGCUCGAGGAUGAUCAAAUAGACGCCGACUGGCAUCAAAGGGUGCUUUGACAUGAGGAGAAGACGGCGGAACUGGAGCUAAGCGCAUGAACUGAGGUGUCUAAGAGAGGGCUGGCGUUGAUGGCAGUAGGGAGCGGGAACAGCCGGUUCAACUCCAUGGGAGCUCAGAGAAGCAGCAGUGGUGGCCAUGAUGACAGGACUUUUGGGAUAUAAAACAAUGAUAUAUCGAUGCUUUGCUUACGAUGUGAUGAGAGUUGAGGGGAUCUAGAGACUGCAUCAUCAUCCUCAGAAGUGCGGGGAAGAUUACGGGGCGGAACCUCGAACAUGAGGCUUGGGAACUGAUUGGCGUUGGUGAUGAGGUUGGUGUUACUCCAUCACUUCGAGGGUCUUGACCUUUGGGGUAAAAGAAAUUGUUCCAAGACCUCAUGUGCGGAUUUACCAUACCUAAUUACUGACAAAUCCACCGACGGAGGCAAACUGUCACAGCAGACGCGCAACAGCAUCCACCAAGAUCAGCGACAUCAUGAGCAAGGACACUGACCACACAGUAGUAGAUGCCCAAGGCUGGUCAAAGAUGAGAGCAAACAGCAAUCCCAACCGAGGAGGCAAAAUAGCUGUCGCUGCGAGCCAGCAGUUGGUCCCAUGACCCCUCAUUAGGGCUUCUUUACAUCGAUUUCUGAGUUCAGUAGCGCAGGAACGUGGCCUUGGCAUUCGAUGAUCGCUGGGCUGAAAAGGCCCAGAAUCAAACUUGGCGAUCCAGCCCAAGCCACCAGCUUCAUUUCCAGGGCCUCGGGUUCGUCCACGUCGUGGGGGGCCAACUCAAAGCAGGAUGGACUUGCCGGGGAUGCCACUAGUUUUCAGCUUAUUGAGAGCCUUUUCAGCCCUGUGGACGGUCUCAAAUCAACAUGCCUGAGCAUUUUCCAAGAUGGUGGUCGUGGUCGAGGUAGAAAGUGUCCAGCAGGGUAAGACAGAUCGUGAGGGAGAAACAAGUUUCCAAACGAUGCACCAUAAAACAAAAGUAUGGGGUAAUAGUCCCGGAUCGACGGUACUAUCGAUCUCAGCAUCUGCUGGUUGAUCUCCGUUUUAGAAAGGAGGUUAAUGCACUACCCCUGUCAGACCGUUUGGUCCAAGGGGAUCGAGCCCUUGCGGCUGAAUUAUAGUUUCAAAGUUGGCGCCAUACUUCAGGCACAGGGCGAAGCCACACAAUGGCAUACUACGUUUUGCCGUUUACCCGCAAGAAUGUCGUCGGGUGCUCGCGAUGCCGGAUAUUCGUGGCUGCGAGUGUGGUGGUAUUGAAGAGACGAUGUGGCUUGCUUGGUCGUUGCGAUAUUGAUGAGCAGGACUGAGGGGUUCAUUUGGGUGACAUUCUCGCACAGAUCAAUAUCGAAAUUUGUAGUCGUUGCAUAUGGAGUUAUCGAAAGCAUUGGGCGUCUCUGCUUCUCUUGUGAGAAGCCGCCGCUUUAAUCUUUCGCUGCAGUCUCAUUGCAGAAGUUCUACCAUCCCUGCUCAAGCUGGAGCACUUAGACUCUUAAAUGCAGACAAACACGUCGAUGACGAUGA